AUGCAAUGUCAUCUCUCCGUCUUUUCCCGUAGCGAGUCAGAUGGCAACCCUAGCACAGAAGAUGAAUCCAGUAAGGGGCAGGAGGAUUUAUCUCCCCAUCCACUCUCCAGCUCAUCUGAUGGCGUUACCAGCCUCAGCCUUCCUGGCCACAUGGAGCCCGUCUACAUGCAGCAGCUCGGAAACACUAAAAUAGCCUUGAGCUCAUCUGGUGUCUUGUUGAAUGGAAACCUCGUGCCUGCCAGUACCUCUCCCGUCUUUCUCAACGGUAGCUCUUUUCUUCAGGGACCCAAUGGUGUCAUCCUCAAUGGACUCAGCGUGGGGGCUUCGCAGACGGUUACCUUAAAUUCGCCCAAAACCACGUCGAGCGUUGUGAGCAAUGGGGUGUCCAUUACUGACAUACUGUCGUCUUCGUCAGAAGAUGUUAAGGACUUCAAACUCCUUCAGGCUUCAGUCCCCAACGCCACAGCAGCCACCUUCAGCCCCAGCAACAUCCCGGUCUCAUUCCCGGGAUUGAUACCGAGUUCAGAGGUGAAAAGGGAAAGCGUACAAACUGCUGCUUCCCAAGAUGGAGGCUCCGUAGUUACAUUUACAACUCCUGUCCAAAUAAACCAGUAUGGCAUUGUCCAGAUCCCCAAUUCAGGAACAAAUGGCCAGCUGCUGAACGGAAGCAUCGGUUUUUCUCCUCUGCAGCUGCCUCCUGUUUCUGUGGCAGCUUCACAAGGUAAUGUUUCAGUAAGUCCCAGCACAUCCGAUGGAGGAACUUUUACGACUGAAUCUUCGACAGUGCAGCAGGGAAAGGUUUUCUUCAGCCCCCUCACUCCGAGUGCAGUCGUUUAUACGGUUCCAAAUUCAGGCCAGGCAGUGGGCUCUGUCAAGCAGGAAGGACUGGAAAGAAGCCUUGUGUUUUCUCAGUUGAUGCCAGUCAGUCAGAACACGCAACUAAAUGUAAACAUGUCUUCUGAAACCAUAUCCAGCGGAGGACUCCAGUCCCUGGCUUCCUCGUUAGUGAAUGUAACGCCCUCACAUAAUUUUUCCCUCACACCACCAACUCUUUUAAAUGCUGCAGAACUGAGCUCUGGUAUCUCGGAGAGCCAGUCCAUGUCAUCGCCCGUGACCAGUACCUCUACCGUGAUAUCUAUCAGCAACACUAACUAUGCAACCCUUCAGAACUGUUCCCUCAUUACCAGUCAAGAUCUGUUGUCCAUUUCUACAGCACAGCCCGCGCUUGGAGAAAUAGUUUCUGCAAGCGGAGACCGCGUCAGCCACCCCUCUACACAAGUACAUCAAGAUUUUGUCAGAGAGCACAGGUUAGUUCUGCAAGCCGUGCCUGAUGUCAAAGAGAAUUUCCUACCUAAUUCCGAGAGUAAGUCAACUGGCAAUUUAAUGAUGCUGGAUUCGAAAUCGAAGUAUGUUAUGAGUAGCAUGGUUGACACAGUUUGCGAAGAACUGGAAACAGACAAAAAAGAACUUGCCAAACUGCAGACAGUUCAGAUGGAUGAAGAUAUGCAAGACUUGUAA